AUGGACUUCGCCGGCCGCCUGCGGGAGCGGCUGCGGCAGUUCUGGAACAGCCACUUCUCGCAGCGCUUCUCGCCGCGGCGCCCGCCGCAGCGCCGCGUCUCCUCCGUGUCCACCUUCUACCUGCUGGACCACCGCAUGCGCCACGCCGAGCUGGGGCUCCGCUACGGCGCGCCGCGCACGCGCCUCGGCGACCGGGCCUUCGUGUUCCGCGGCGGCCGCUGGGCACCCGAGGGCCUGCCGGGGCGCCCGAGGCCGCCGCUGCCCUCGCCGCCCGCCCCGGGCUGCAAGGCGCAGACGCGGCACCGCAGCCAGGUGCUGCUGGAGGAGAACAACUACCUGCGGCUGCAGCAGGAGGUGCUCAUGGACAUGCUCACCGAGACCACGGCGCGCAUGCACCUGCUGGAGCUGGCGGACGAGGCCCACCCGCCCGCCGCCGCGCGCCCGGCCGAGGACGCCGCGCAGGCGCGAGGGGGCGGGCGGCGCGCUCACGCCCGCGUCCUGGUGACGCAAUAA